AUGCCCGGAAAAGGGUUGCGCGCUGGCCGGAGAUGGGUUAUUUCCGAGGGCGGAGUCGAAUAUUUUUUUGGCCUUGCCCACAAUAUGCAGUUCCCCAUGCAGGCUUCUUCUCCGAUUCUCACUGGGUUAAUGUCGCAACAAACUUUGGGCGAGUGGGAAUGUCGUGAUGUCCGAGGGAAUAUCCGAGGGCACAACCGAGGUUUUUUUCACCUACGCACGCCACCAUAUUUGCUAAAGAAGAAGCCCUGCCUAUGCACCUGCAACAUCUCUACCUAUCCAAAAUCUCCCCACACGGGUUUUGGGCAUCGGAUAACCGAAUGUUUCUCCCAUUCAGUAGAUUAUCACGAAGGAGUCAAUUUUCAAGUGUGCCUUGGCUUCUUCGACCACAAAGGGAAUUCCCGACUCGGCCUGGCCACAACCACGUGCAGGAUCACGUGCCCGCUGAGAAUGCCGAUGCGGUUUUUGCUCCCAUGUGUGCAGGGCUCCGAACCAAAUGGUGUCGCACUUCUCACUGUAACUGCAUUCCCAAAUCGGGACCCAUCCCCACCCUCCUGA